CAGUUCAAGCACCAGGGACCAUUUCUCUGCAGACACACCAAGGGAGCCAGUCAAAUGAAGCUACCAUCAUAGGAGAAGACCAGACCCACGGAGCGGAUGCAGUUAUGAGGGAUCCGCGCCAGCACCUGAGGACACCAGUAAAGCAAAGGAGGAUCAAUGAAGAUGGAGAGGGGUUUACCACACAGGAGGAGGAAGAAGGCAAGUUGGAAUUCAUUACCAUACCAACAACCAGGGAAGCAGGACACAGCUCCCAGCAGCUGGAUGCAGCAGCCACUACCUCAGCAUCAGCUCAACUGAUCUCGACACAGCCAGCAUCAGGCAGCAUUCGACACCAGCUGGUACUCCUCUGUUUCACGCUGACACCUCAGGGAACAAAAUUCAUGGCCAGCCGGACAGAACAGGGAGCCCUCGCAAUUCCGACAGUUCCAGUCAGUGCAUCUCCAACAACAAAGGAGGCCAUCAAGGCCGUGGCAGCAACAUACAUGGCAAACCGUUUUCCCUUCCGUCUGAUCCGAGGUAUCAGAAUCAGUAGGAAAACGGUUGCAGCGUCAGCAGGAGGAAGCUGGCACUUCUCAAUAGCGGUCAUUGAUGCCAAGGUACAGCUGGACACAGCCGCCAUGCUGGCGACACAAGGCAUAGUCUGGCUUCCAUCCACAUGGUUGACCCCCGCAUCAACAGAGGAGCGGCAGGGCACCUUCAUCACGGAGGAUACCAAUGCUUCCUUUGUAGCAGAUUUCUGCGCAUCACUGGCUGCGGACAAACAGCCAUGCUCAGCGGGCUUCAGACACCUCCUUAUGGCCCCCUGGGCCCCAGCAAACGAAACGGACCAGCGCCGUGCCAGGCAGGGCAGACAGCAAACAGAGGACUCGCAGCGGAUCCAAAAUGCAGUCGAAGUUGCAGCAACCGCACAACCACACGACCACACGACCAUGCCCAGGCUUAGGGUUGCAACGUGGAACCAAAGCCUGACGGACACUUUCAGACAAACUCACCCGACGGAACCGGGUUAUACCUGGUUCUCUUCGCAGACCAGGGGCACGCAGCUACCACCCAAGAGAAGGUUUGACCUAGUUCUCGCGAAAGGGGCAGUUUGGGAAGCACUCACCAACAUGGACUGCACCAUUGAGUCCAUGUCAGAUCAUAGACCGCUUACCGCCAGCUUCGAGUUAGCAGACCAGAUAGUCAGGGGACCGGGAACUUUCAGACUCAAUACGGAUCUCGUAGAAGACCCGGAGGUAGGCAAUUGGACUGCAGCACAUUGGGCCUAUUGGCAGCAGAAAAAAGAUGAGUUUGGCACGGAGGAAGAAUGGUUGCAGGUUGGUUUCAGAAUUGUUACUAGGGCCAUGGACGCUUUCUCUAGAGUGCGGGCACGGAGCAGAAGACAGCAGGAACAACAAUGCAGGGAUCAAAUAGCGGAGGCUGAGGAGGAGUUGGAAAACAGGCCUCUUACAGAGCUUUACUGGCAGCAUCGCAGGGAUAGGGCGCUGCUUAAACUGGAGGAGUUGCAAGUGGAACAGCAGGUUACCUGGGCGAGAAGGGCACGCGAGAAAGGAAUGCUCACAGCGGAUAGAAUGCCCAAAGAAACAUUCAAGAGGAUCUGUCCACAGCGAGCAAAUGCGAUGAUACGGGAGUUGCACCACCCAUUCCAUUCAGAGGCACCAUCGGCAAAGGACACGGAGACAAUCGGGGCCUAUGCACUCACCUACUUCAGCGACAUCCUGACCUCUAGAAGGCCACCGGACCAAUCACUGCAAGAGCUCAGGGCAGAGGACGAUCUGUGGCAGCAUACAACAACUAGCCUGUCGCCAACAGCAAGAGAGCAGAUGGAGCAGCCAAUCACGUUAGAAGAGUUAUGGCAAACGGUGCGCAGCAUGGCACGAGGGAAAAGCCCGGGAACGGAUGGUCUCCCGGCCGAGUUCUAUGAAUUCGCCUGGGACCAGCUAGGACCAUUGCUGUCAAGUCUGUUCAAUCAGGUCCUGCAGGGAGGUAAGCUGACGGAGGAUAUGAAAACAGGGAUCAUUACGCUGAUCUACAAAAAAAGAGACAAAUGUAACAUACGAAACUGGCGGCCGAUCUCAAGGCUAAACGUCUCCUAUAAAAUCCUCUCCAAGCUCUUCGCGAGAAGGCUGGUCCGAUUCCUCCCUGGUCUUGUCCAUACCGAUCAGGGAGCCUUCGUCCGCGGCAGGUCCAUUGGAGGAAAUAUUCUUAUGGCAAUCGGUGCUCUCGAGAUCAUUCAACAAGAGAACCGUCAGGUCAUGGUUGCUAUGCUAGACCUCGAGAAGGCCUACGACCGGGUGAACUGAGCUAUGCUGAUCACCUCAGUGAUCUUUGCACAGCUCUGGCAUGUAGCAGUAGUCUGUCUGCUGGCUAAACCAGCAAUCAAGGCAAUCAAGUCCGAAGCGAGUCGCUACCUAUGGAAGCCGUCAGCCAAAGAGGAGGAGGGAUUUGUCACUAAAUCUGCCUGGUCGAAGGUGACAACCCAGAAGCAUGAAAGGGGGCCCAGCAUCAUUGAUCCGCAGGGCCAAAACAUUGCAUUGUUGACCAAGUGGCUCCUCAAGGCCACAAACCAGGUGGAGCGAAGAGUUUCGCUGCAGGUACUCGAGUAUCUGAUACAGCAGGAACUUUCACUCGCACGGAAGGAGGAUGUAUGGGUCGCCUUGUUCAUGUCCUCCUUCGCACGCAGAAGACCGCACUCGCCUCUGGGCAAUGCCUGUUGGACAGCCUGGGCUGCACUCGCUCCCACCGGAACGUCUCAACCGGUCACGAGGGAGGAAGUUCUCAGGCAGCCAUUGUUCGACAACGAGAUGAUCAUCACAUCCCAAGGAGCACCCUUCGCUGCCACAGCAGCGCCAGGGAACUUCGGCAGGAGAUGGUUGGAAAGAGGGAUAUGUAAAAUAGCAGACCUAUGGGAUGAGGACUCGAAACAGUGGCAAACUGAGAAUUCACUCAGAAGGCGUCUCUACCGACUGCAAUUAAUCCCUCAGCGCAGGGGAGCACUCCUGCAAGCCAUACCGCAGGAGUGGAAAGAUCUUCUCCACACCAGCGCACCAGUGGAGGGGCAAUGGUACACAACACCGCAAGCAGCAGAGGCGGGCACCUACUACCGGAUCCAGGAAGCCCUUGACAAUGAAGUCCGACUGGCACAAAGCUGGCACGUGGAGCAACACAACAGAGACUCCACCAAUCUGGUUCUUCAAGCAACAGUGGCACUCGCGAAUGAUCAGGACCUCCAGCUCGUGCAGUGGGAAGGAGGCUCGGGUGGCAACGACGAAGACGGCAUCUGGUUGGGCAAAAGUAGGGUAGGCGGGAGGCUGCUGGGAGGAGAAAUACAUCUGACUCGAGAGAUGUGGGUCGAAUCUGAGACUGACGGCGAGGAUAACGACAAGCUCGAAGAAGACGGAGAUGGUGACGAAGAUGGAGGAGGUGUGAGUGAUGGGGAGGGUGGCGACGAGCUCGAGGAUGGCGGAGACGGUGAGGAUGAUGAAGAGGGGAAGAACUCUGCUGAAGAGGUCGAAGGGUCGCUGACGGGUGGUGGAAAGCAGAUAUGCAAGGACUUGCUUUCUAUUGGAAGCUCGAAGAAAAGGCCCUUGGUCGAUGCGACAUACAAGCGUACGUCAUCGCCUUGUUGACGGAGCUCCAAGGCCCACAGGAAGGAAUCAUUGCGACUCAACUGAGCAACGGUSUCCGAAGUGAAUGCUCCGCCACAGGGCUCACUGAGCUUAAUCCAGCGAACCGU